GAUUGGCUGGAGGUCAGCGGACCAAUCGGGUUCAGUCAGCAUGUCCGCUGUUUAGUUUUGAGACAUUUAUGUUGAAUUAAAUUAAAUUUAUAUGUUUUUUAUCAGUUUAUCCGCCUGUAAACAGCGUGAUUUGAGUUAUUUAGAUGUAGUUUAUUGUGUUUAUGGUGUUUAAUAUAGAGGGGAAUUUGGAAGCGUUCAGUAUGUAGUAAACUAGCAGCUCAGUAUAAGAGUGUGUUAGUUAGCCGGUUAGCCGGUUAGCUUCUCAUCUGUAGCAUAAACUAACGUUACAGUAAAUAAACCAGAACUACAAUAAUAAUAUUAAUAUUAUAAGAAUCUCCUAAAGCUCAUAAAGCUCCUGAAGCUUCAUCAUGCCGGACAUUAAAGUAACUCCGCUGGGAGCUGGGCAGGAUGUUGGGCGCAGUUGUAUCCUGGUUUCUAUUGGAGGAAAGAACAUAAUGCUGGACUGUGGGAUGCACAUGGGCUAUAAUGAUGAUAGACGUUUCCCAGACUUUUCCUACAUCACGCAGAACGGACGCCUCACAGAGUUUCUGGACUGUGUUAUUAUCAGUCAUUUCCACCUGGACCACUGCGGCGCUCUGCCCUACAUGAGUGAGAUGGUGGGAUACGACGGACCCAUCUACAUGACCCAUCCCACCAAGGCCAUCUGUCCCAUCCUGCUGGAGGACUUCAGGAAAAUCACUGUGGACAAAAAGGGGGAAACAAACUUCUUCACGUCUCAGAUGAUCAAAGACUGCAUGAAGAAAGUGGUUCCACUCAACCUCCACCAGACCGUCCAGGUGGACGAUGAGCUGGAGAUUAAAGCGUACUACGCCGGUCAUGUUCUGGGGGCGGCGAUGGUUCUGAUUAAAGUCGGAUCGGAGUCUGUGGUUUAUACUGGGGAUUAUAACAUGACCCCAGACAGACACUUAGGGGCGGCGUGGAUCGAUAAAUGUCGUCCGGAUAUUCUGAUCUCUGAGUCGACCUACGCCACCACCAUCCGCGACUCCAAACGCUGCAGAGAGAGAGACUUCCUAAAGAAAGUCCACGAAACCAUCGAGAGAGGAGGAAAGGUUCUUAUUCCAGUGUUUGCGUUGGGAAGAGCUCAGGAGCUUUGCAUCCUUUUGGAAACGUUCUGGGAAAGAAUGAACUUAAAAGCCCCCAUAUAUUUCUCCACUGGACUGACGGAGAAAGCAAACCACUACUACAAGCUCUUCAUCACCUGGACCAAUCAGAAGAUCCGCAAGACCUUCGUCCAGAGGAACAUGUUCGAGUUCAAGCACAUCAAAGCGUUCGACCGCUCCUACGCAGACAAUCCUGGACCAAUGGUGGUGUUUGCCACUCCAGGCAUGCUGCACGCUGGACAGUCUUUACAGAUAUUCAAGAAAUGGGCUGGAAAUGAAAAGAACAUGGUGAUUAUGCCGGGGUACUGCGUGCAGGGAACAGUCGGACACAAGAUCCUGAACGGCCAGAAGAAGCUGGAGAUGGAGGGAAGAGCCACGUUGGAGGUGAAGCUGCAGGUGGAGUACAUGUCGUUUAGCGCUCACGCCGACGCUAAAGGCAUCAUGCAGCUGAUCCGCAUGGCUGAACCGCGGAACAUGCUGCUGGUUCACGGAGAGGCGAAGAAGAUGGAGUUCCUGAAAGACAAGAUCGAGCAGGAGUUCAGUAUCAGCUGCUACAUGCCGGCUAACGGAGAGACGACCACGGUCACCACCAACCCGAGCGUCCCUGUGGAUAUCUCCCUCCCCCUGCUGAAGAGAGAGAUGGCUCUGGGAGGUCCUCUGCCCGACCCUAAGAAGCCUCGCACCAUGCACGGAACUCUGAUCAUGAAAGAUAAUAGUCUGAAGCUGGUUUCUCCUGAGCAGGCUCUGAAGGAAUUGGGUCUUUCUGAGCAUCAGCUGCGUUUUACCUGCCGGGUUCAUCUUCAGGACCCUCACAGUGACGCCGACACACUCGCCCGUCUCUACAGCCACCUAAAGAGUGUACUGAAAGGUUAUACAGUUCAGCAUCUUCCUGAUGGUACAGUUAUGGUGGAGUCCAUCGUUCUGAAAGUGUCCUCGUCUGGAGACGACCCGAACCUGAAGGUGAUCCUGCUCUCCUGGAGCUAUCAGGAUGAAGAAUUGGGGAGCUUCUUGUCCAGUCUGCUGAAGAAAGGUCUUCCCUCCGCUCUGUGAUUCUGUUAUCUAUAAUCUAUAGUCUGUUCUUUUCUUUACUGCUGUUGUUUCAAAUAGAUUCAAUAAACCUUUUUUUGUAGAAAAAAAACCCAA